AACGCGUGUUCCAGCCGGUAACGUGCACCCGCGAGUUCCCGUUGUCAUUGUUGUCCCCGGUGGAAAGAAUCUUCUCGAUUUUACUCGCGAACGUGCCCGCGAGUGGAUCAAAGCGUCAUCAUCGUCUGACACGUUAUUGACAAGCCAUAAUGAGCAAACUGAAGGAUUCACCUCCAACCGAUGCCGAAGGCGAAGAAGAAUUUAGCGUGGAGAAGGUUUUAGAUAGAAGAGUCGUGAAGGGCAAGGUAGAAUAUUUUUUAAAGUGGAAGGGAUAUUCAAACGAUGAGAAUACGUGGGAGCCUGAGGAAAAUUUGGAUUGCCCCGAUUUGAUCGCUCAAUUUGAAGAACAGCGCAAGAAGAAGGAAGCGGCAGCGUCUGGAAAACGAGGCCACGAUGACAAGGAACUGAAGAAGCGAAAGAGCACCAGCACACCGACACCCUCUCAAGCCAAGAAGAAAACUGGAGCCGAAGAGAAGAAAUUGGAAGGAUUUGAUAGGAAUCUGGAUCCCGAACGCAUCAUAGGCGCCACAGACUCCAGCGGAGAACUCAUGUUCCUGAUGAAAUGGAAGGGAACGGACGAUGCGGAUCUGGUGGCAGCGCGCAUCGCCAACGAGAAGUGCCCACAGAUUGUAAUCAAAUUUUACGAGGAACGACUCACAUGGCACAGUCCCGCUCAUGAUGAAGACAGCUCGACAAAACCUGACCCGGAGUAGCGUCUAGCCUUCCGAUACGCGUAUACGGCGCGCUUUAGGAUCUGCCGCGUUUAGCGGCGUUUUCUAAUCGCACGUAACAGAAAAGAAUAAAUAAAAACAUAACAAUAAGAAAUAUAAUUGAAUAAAAAAAGAAUACAACUGGAAAAUACCAUUGAACAAAUGAAUCCGCGGAUUUCUCUAAUCGUCAUCGCACGGUGGAUAUUAAAUAUAGAUUUAACACUUACUUUCCUUCAUAAAUUUUUGUCAAGCCACGAGCGAUUCGGAGCAGUCUUAUGUGUGUACAUUGUCGGAAAACCAGUAUCAUUAUUUAUUAACGAUAAUGCUGCUCUGGUAACGUAGAGGUGUAAGUUUUCAAAUAGUAAUUAUGUAUGUAAUAUCUCGGACAGCACAUCUUGGGGAUGUUUCCUCGAGAUACGUCGUUCUUAAGAUCGCACUUCAAAACGAGGUCUUUUCGAGGGAGAUUUUAGUCAUUAACUGUUCUUUGCAAACGAUUGAUCCCUCUUUGGAAGAGGAAUAUUUGUCAAGUUUUCGGAACAGCCACCGAACAAAACUCCCCUCCAAGAAAGGGAACGUUUCGAGAUGCAGCACAGUAUAUAUAUAUAUUCAUUCAAAAAUACUCUCGCGUUUUUUUAAACGAGCGACAGAGAUGCUCGUUGGAUCCGUCUUACUCUCCUUUAUGUAUUCACUGCGUAUUAUAUUAUAUCAUGCCCAAACUUUCGCAUCUAUGCAAAGUGCCUAUUCACCCUCCUCCACAUUUGUCAAAGCUAAAACACGCUUAAGAUACACACACACACACAUGAUGAUUAAUCUGCGUUCAGAUUCAGGUUUUUCACGGACAAGUAUAUGCGAUAUGAUUAAACUAUGUGACACAAUUAUUUUAAUAAAUAAUUUCUUUUAUAAAUACCAUAAA